AUGAAGCUAACGUUCGCCCUCACCGCCCUCCUUGCCACAACCGCCAUGGCCGGAGUGGCAAAGAUACGCCACGAGAACGAGACUCUUGAAGACAGCUACAAACGUCGCUCCGUCAAAGCUGGAAUCGUCCCUGUCAAAGAAGAAGACAUCAUUUCCCUCGGCGAUAGAGCAGUGAAGGCCGGUAUCGUGCCAGUGAAGGAAGAAGACAUCAUUUCUCUGGGAGACCGCUCAGUCAAGGCGGGCAUCGUGCCAGUCAAGGAAGAGGACAUCAUUUCUCUGGGAGACCGCGCUGUCAAGGCUGGCAUUGUUCCGGUGAAGGAGGAGGACAUCAUCUCACUCGGGGAUUAG